CGGAAGUGGACGGUGCUUCCGGCGCUCCGCGGGCGGCCAUGUUGGAGCGGCGGUAGCAGCGCAACGGCGGGUGCGGGUCUGGCGGCGGCCGGUGUCAAGGGUUGUUUUUCCAGUAAUUUGGACCUUUUUGAAGUGCCCGCUUGCCUAAUGCCAUGAAUAUUGCAGUGAACAAUGUGGAAGAAAAAGCUGUCCAUUCCUGGUCGAGAAUUUCCUCUGCAGGACAGAAAGUGCUGGAGGAAGCCCUCCGAGUCUUCAACCCGAUGUCCAAGGACCUUUCGGACACAGAGACCCAGCUGGUGGCCUUCAUUCAGGGCCUGAAGGAGGAGGGCUACCAGCCCACAAUUCUGAGGAGUAAGGAUGUGUAUGGGUACAGCUCGUGCACGGCAGACACACCUAGUCAGACAAAAGAGAGCACAACCACACAACCCAAUGCUGCUGAGUCUGCUAAGAGUCCGGCUAGAAACACCACAGCCGUGGCAAAGGUGUCUGCUUCGCCGACCAGUGUUUCGGUGAACUCUUCGAAAGUCUCCACUCAGCCUGUCCCUAAAGGGGAUUCCACAAAUCUCCUCUUGAGCUCCUUGAAGCAGACAAGAUCCGGCACGUCCAAGGCCGCGGCAGUGGGCUUCCCUGCGAGCAUGUAUCCUGAUGUAUAUCCAGCCAUGAGACUGUCAGUGGUUCUGGAAGCUCUGGUGCCGCUGAAAACUACCACAUCCCGUUUGGAGUCCAAGUACACACAAGGGCGUCUUGGGAUCUCACCCUCGGACCUUAAACUCCUCAAGGCUUCGAGUCCGUCGAGGCAGUUUUCUUCAGGCAAGAGCACUAAAAUAACAGAAGGUAAGGGGUACAAGCGUUUGAUAAAGAAAGCACCGGAUACUGCCACCCUUGCUUUAAAUCUUCUGAAGGGACCAAAGGGUGGAGUGCUGCAGGAGAGCAAUGCUUGCAAAGCCUCGGGAGUCCUCAACGGGAGAGUCACAGGCAGCUCUUCCCAGGGCUGCACCACAGCACCGCAGUCCAAGACCUUGAAAAUCAAAGAUAAGGAACCUCUGGUGGGAAAAACAGAGUGGAAGGACAGCAGCACUCGCCGGGAGAGUGUUGGGCAGAAGAGGAGAAGAGCUACGGAGGUAAGAGAAGCACCGCAGAGGAAGAAAGCAAAUACCAUUCCAGUCCAAAAUAAAUCUCGACGGGCUCAGAGCACUUUGAACCUGCUGAAAUUCCAGGCCAUCAAGGUGGGCAACUCGUCUUCUGACGACGAAGUAAGGAGGAGAGCACAGAAGAUUCUUAGGGUCAACCUGUCUCCUGUGAUCCGAAUUCAGCCCUUGUCCCACUCUCACAGUGUCCCCUGAGUUUCUUCACUUUGUCACUUUUUUUUUGUAAGUAAGUAAAUACGAGCCUGGCACCAGAGCAUGGAGAAGUUUAAGAGCGACUCUGGAUCUCUGGUGCCUGGUGACGAUACGUCGACUAACCUGCAGACGGAGCAGCCUGCUCUCGUGCUGUUUCUGCCUGUCUACCACUGCUAUGCAGAACUGACUGCAGAACUACAAAAACCUGUUCGGGAACGUGGGACAGUGACUCUCGCCUGUGGCGAGCCAAGCAGGUCGGAGGGCUCGCUUCCCACGGGCGCUCUUCUGAGCAUGGCAGGCUGCGCUCUUGUGCAGGGGGAGAACACAGGACUUUCUCAUGACAUUGAUGCACUGUGAUAUUGCUCUUUUUCAAGCUGUACAUUUACUGGUUUUAUUUUGAUCAAAUUUUAUAACUUUAUUAUCUAUAUAUCUAUAUAUCCAUAUAUGUGCAUAUGGCCCAGGAACUGUGGGAAGAUGCACUUCUUCCAUCCCUCUGGGAUUGGGUUCGAUAGCUUUUGUUCCCCCCUCCCCUUCAGCCAGUCUUUUGUUGAAAGGUGCCAGGAUUUCUUUGUGACUCAGUGUUGUGACAGUCUGUUCUGGGCUCUCUUGAGCAGCUCAGAGGCAGGCAGAGUUAUAGCCACUUGUUCGUCUCCAGAAAUGCCAAGCAAUUUGGAGAAUUACCAGCUGAUAGUUGACUAUAGUUUUAAUCAUAUUUUUGGUAUUACCUCUGCAUAAGAGUGGAGGAGUGUUAUGGGGCUGUUGCCUGUGAGUCUGCCUGAUGUCUCUAGGUGCCUCCUCUGUUCGUUGGUAGCAGAAGCUCUGAACUCAUGGUAGGGUUUGCCUCCAAAGAGUGAUUCCUUCUCAGCACCCAGUAUCACUCCGCUCUCCCAUGCCCCAGGUGCAAACGUAGAACGUGAACUGUGACUGUUAGAGCUGAAGGGCUGGAGUUAAUAAGAAUUGCAUAAAGUGUCCUGCCCACCACGUAACUGCUUUGCUUUUGCUGGAUGUUUCAGGAGCAGGUUCUAAGUGCUGGUGGAGAAGACACAGACUGUGUUUGAAUGUGUUAGAUACAUCUUGCCAGUCCCAGAGCUCAGUGGGGUAUUUGAGCCUGAAUUAAAGCAGAAAAGCGGAAGGGUUGACAGGAUAUAUGCCAGCAACUUAAACACAGAGCGUUUCUUUCUGUCAAUUUGUGGGGGUGAAGCAGUAGGAGGGGAGAUCAGCACUGUGUUGCGAUGGGUGACGGCUUUGCUGUGCCGGCUGGGAUGUUGUGAGGAGGUGUGUGGCAGGUGUGAAAGCUCCCGGAGCACAGGCUCUGCCGGUCCCCAGGAGGCACUACGGAACCACUGCAGCCGGCUGCAUUAGCCUUCCUGCGCCAGGGACACGCUGUCGGAUGGGAAUGCAGACUGUGCGCUGGCGGAGGUCGGGUCUGCUCUCUGCAGGGAGGGAUCUGCAAGCUCCAGGAGAAACACCACGUUGGAGCGGUCGGUGCUGCGGCUGUCACCUUGGAGGGAUGGCCUCUGAUGAUCUCUGUUGGGAUACUGCAAAAGCAGAACCUGGCAGCUUGGGGACAGGGAGCAGUGUCUGGCCAGGCAUGGGGCUGGCGCUACACUGCCGUACGUUCACAUCUCUGCAGCAGUGGGCUGAUAAUCCACUCAUUCUCUUACUAGCUCAAAAUAUCAGUUUCUGACCUAGUAAUCUCUGUGGACAUUGGCUGAAGGGAUGAGCUCCCCAGGGAAGCCCCAUCUCCUUAUGUUUCAGCCCCUCCCUAGCACCUGGCUGGAUUUCAGCGCUUUGUAAAAGGGGUCAGUGUCUGAUCCCCAGCUCAGAGAGGAAAACUGUGGCUUGGAGAGCAGAGAGGAGGUUCAUGAUGGAGUGAGAGGACAGGGAAGCUGGGCAUCCUGAGGCACAGCCGGGGUUCUCCCUCCUCACCCAGGUAGAGCAGAGUGGAGGUUCUCUCUUGGGGGCUGAUUGCAGGCUCUGAAUCACAUGCUCUGGUUCUGCGUGGUUUUACUAUGUGUAUCUGAGCUGCUGUCAGAGAUCAUAACUUGCAGUGUUUGAGACUGACCUGUGAAUGCCGCUGGUUGGCUGCAGAGGAGGAGGAGGAAAUAUUUUCUUCUGCUUCUGUGUUUUAAAAUGCCCUGGCAGAGAGUUCCCUGUCCUGACAAGAUGCUGGAUGAAGAGGGACCCUCCAUCACUGUUAAUCAGCCAAAAAUUGCUUUGUACCUUUUGUUCCCAUCCUUCAGACCUUUCUCAUUCCCACGCUCUGAAAUGCCAGGUCUGGAAGUCUUGCACUGGAGUUUCUCUUUUUGGCUGUUUCCCGAGGAGGACUCUGAACUCCUGCCUGUGGUAUCGCUGCCUGACAGGCUGUUCGGCAGCUUCCCCUGUUCCCAGCCCCAUAUAAGGGCACCGAGAGCUGUCUCUGGAGCCUCUUCUUGCGGCGCAGACAUCCCAGCUGAGCGCCUGGCCUCCGGUGGGAAAAACAACUGUGCAUCAACAAGGCUGAAUUUGGGUUGAGGUUGCUUUUUCUUCAGCCUGAGCGGGAAGCUGAGCACCUGAGGCGAGCUUAUCAGGCCACAUCCCUCCUCUUCAUUGCGUUUCUUCCCCCUGCUGCGCUACUGCCUGCCUCCCCACUCUUCUCUGUCACCUCUCGUCUUUCCCAGCUUGGGUCUUUGCUAGUCAAGGACUUGGCUUGUACUGUUGCUUAACACAUCCAGCAGAACAUACUGCCUUAGUGCUGUCCUGCCUUUCCAGGCACUGAGCUGAGUUUUGUGAAUGCUUGGUGGCAAUGGCUUGUCCGGUGUCCUUCCCAGGCCACCAGCAAGAGGUCUUCUGCUCUGCAGGGAGAGGCAAGCGUUAGGAACGCUUCUGUGUCGCUGAGGCUCCUGCCAGGGAAGCGAGCACCCCGUAGCUCUGUCCUCAGGGACUUGCCCAUCAUCAGUCCAGUCUCUGCCAGCUCCUCUGCACAUCUCUGACAGACUGCAGGGCCCCUGAGCUCCUGGGCAGCACUGGACCUCGAUUCUCUGCCCUCCUGAUGUCUCCUCUUUCCCCUUGCAGGUGAUUUGGGAACUUGACCAGAAGGAUUGCAGCUUGUUAUUCACAGAGGGGCUUUACAGCCCCUGGUGCCAAUGUCGGCAACUGCUGCCUGCAGCUGUUUCCCAGGGGGUCUGGUGCUGGCAGCCGAGGUGCUUGCAGCCUGUUGGUGGUUGGCUCCGCCGUCCUUCGUCUCAUGGCCAGGUGCAGGUGGUCCUGGUGUCCCAGGCCUUCCAUGCCGAUGUGCAGGAGGCUGCAGAAGGGGCUGUGCUGUGGACACUGCUGUCUGGUGUUUAGGGAAGAUGUGAAGGGUUCGAUCAACCCAGACCUGCCUAAGACCUGAUCUAACAAGAGAUCUCCCUCUGGAGGUCCCUUCCACCCCAUGUUAUUCUGUGACAGCAGAGUAACACUUGCCUUCCAGGGAUCUGUGCAGCCAUAACAGGCAGGGCAGACAGAAGUGCGUUGCCUGGAGUGCUGUGGUCUCUGCUGAGCGUGCUGUAUGAGGUUUGUUCAGACCUGUUUCUGUAUUAGUCACUUUGAAUUCAUCCAAGUGCCUAACCUGGCCUAUGCUGUUCCUGGGCACCAUGACAGCCGAGAGCUUUGGAGACUCUUAGGAAUGCUUUUACCGCAUGGAUUUGUGCCACUGUCACUUCUAGAAAUGAUUCAGCCAGCUGUCAAAGGGCUGAUCUUCCGCCUGAUUUUGUGGAAAUCAUUGCUCCCUUUAUUCAGCUGCCAAGAAGCAAGAGUUUAUGCUUCGCCUCCACCAGUCAAGGUCCUAGAGCUUCCUGUGUGCUUCACAUGUCCGUCAGCAAGGUCCGUGGGGAGAGCAGCUUGUCCCGCAGGCAGCUGAAGGGGAAGCUGACAUCAGAUACCAGUCGAAACCACAUUGUUAAUUGGUAGAAAUGUUUUGAACCUCAUGUCCACUGUGAUCAGAUUUCACCUUCUGCCACUACUUUCAGUUGGAGAAGUUUCUCCUUGGCCUCAUCCCUGCAAGCCAUGUAGCGCGGUGCUUCCAAACUCUUUGCCUCCCUCCCCCUGCAGAGCCAGCUGCCAUAGCAAUCCUUGUACAGAAUUUCUUAAGCACUUUUCUGCAAAAUAAGAAGGGAUUAUUUUGUUACUCCUGUUUUGUAGCCCACUGGUGGUAUUUCAGUGUGAGGAGGAGGUGUGCUUUGUGGAGCGUUGUGAGUACUUGCAUAGCUGGAUACUUGUGACUUGUGCUGUGUUCAUGGCCAGACCUUGCCAGCAUGUUGGGGGCUGCAGCCACUCCAGCGGCUCUCCCCUCCUUGGGUCCGAGCUCCCUGCCCUGCCUGGGAGCUGGGCCUUUGGCCACAGCACAAGUGACACGUGGGGAUGGUGAGCAGGUUUGUCUCUUGGCUGCAGCUGGACAGCUUCCCGUGCAGGUUUAGGUGGGAGGAUCCUUGUUUCGGUUGUGGUUGGCAGGGUUGGUGCCGAGCUGUGUGGAGCCCCUGCCGCUCAGGCAGCUGGGUUGGUUCGUGUGGAAGUGACAGUUUCUGUUUCGGUCUUCAAAAUGGCACUGGCCCAUUUGCUCCUGUGGUCAGAUGGGGAUGGCUUUCUGAGAGCUGAGGUGGCCUGAGGAGAGGACAGCUGUUCUGGGGCACCUCACACCUUCCUGACGGUGCUGCAGCCCUUGGCUUUGCAAGCUGGGUGGGCUGGCACCAUCCAUGGAGAGAGGCAGCAGGGCAGGUUGCUCCCAGGCCCUUGCAUUUGGGGCUCUGUACUGGAGAGCACCGUGCUCGGGUUUCCCUCUCCUCGCAGCCUGCUCCUGCCUGGAGCUGUGUGCCAUUAGGAGGGUGCCAGGUGCCUCGCUGGCUGGUGGAGCAGAGACCUUGUCCCAGAAGGCAGGAGAGACAGUCCCGAGUGUUGCGUGAACCCUGUCUGUAGAUGUGACUCUGCUAGCGCUCACAGCUUGGCCAGCUGCUGUCUCCAAAGCCGUGGUGCUGAGGCCAGACCUCUCAGUUUGCUUAGGAAGACUGAGCAAGUCUAGUGAAAAAGCGAGAAUCUGGGAUUAGAGGAAACCAAAGACACCGGCAGCGCCUGGCUGGCCAGCUUCUACUUCUGCUGCAGGAGAUCUGCAAACAGAGGAGCCAGGUCUGCGGCAUACCGCUAGCACUUCCUCCGCUCUGCCCCUGCCCAGCUGACAGAGCCUGUCCUCCCCUGUCCAGCGGCACCUCACAGGCACUGGUGCUGCAGGCUCUGGGGCACGGGUGAGGGGGUGCCCUUUUGGAGCAGGUGCCCCUCUGAACCCUUGGUUUCCAUCCUUCACCGGUUGCACAAACCGGCCCUGCUCGGGUGGCCAGGGGGAAGGUAACCCGCUCCCCGGCCCUCAUGGUGCGUGCUGACUUGUACCCUCUGGAUGCCCUCACGGGAUAGCGCUUCCUCCAGUGAGCAUCCGAAAUACCUUCCCCUGCGGGGACAAUUAGGCCUUGCCCCGGGGAGUCCCUUAAAGGCCUUAUUAUCGUCUGGGACUCUCUCCUUGUUGUCUUAAUUAGCCCUUUCCGUUCCUGUUGCUACAGGCAGCCCCUGUGAGAGUCUGGUGAUUCCCACAGCCACAGUCAGGCAUGCGGUGCUGUUGUAAAAGAGAAGGUGCUGUAAAGCCACCCCCAGAAAUACCUCCCCUCCUGCCGCUGCUCUGCCUGGGACCCGAUGGGACGAAACACAUGUCGGCAUUUGUGGCGGGGGAGGCGCGGUGUGUGAGGCCAUUCCCUCCUGGUUCCCAGCACAGCGCUCCCAGGGAAUGUCAUUUCCCGAGCAGAGACACAGCAGGCACUCUGAGGGACGCGGGGGCUCUGGGUGGGCAGUGCCCAGCCCCUCACACUUGUCUCUGCCUACCGUCAUCUCUAAGACAGCCGUCUCCGUGCCGCAGCGUGACCGACCUGCUCCGGCUGGGACCGGUGCUGCCAGCUCAGCUGCGUGCAUCCCGUGACAGCCGGGGAGCAGCGACUGCAGCCCACGGGAGGGCGAGUAACAAACUUUUGUACGAUGAAUUUACAACAACUGACCAUCUUGUUCUUGAGUGAACUUUUUACUGUUUCAUUUGUUUGUGUAGAAUGUUUCCGAAGCUAUAUUAAUAUUUAAUGUUUAAUAUGAGGCUGGGCUGUUCCACACUCAGUGUUGUAUAUUUUGGAAUGGCAUUGUUUAGUGAAAAGACAGAGUUGGUAUUAUUCUGCUCUUCGGAGGGAAUGGGACAAAAACCAGACUGUCUUUUUUCUUAAAUGAAGUGAACUUUUUGUUAUGAAGUCCUAGCAGGUGUCCAGCCCUUGAGUAAAAUGGUGCUCAGAA